UAUCCAAUAUGGACGAUAUUUUUUUGAAUGUAAAGUGUAGAAAAUUGGCCACUAAAAUUACGUCAGACUGCAGACUUUUAAGAAAAUUAUCAAAUCACAAGUGUAUACAUUAACAGGUGCGUGAAAUUGGAAAAAAUAUCAUCUGUUUGUAUAUUAAAAAAUCUAAAUCGGGAUUCGUUGCCAACUUUCAGCCAAGUUAAAUUCAGUUUGAAGUCAAGAGUUGACGGUUAAAAUAUAUUUUUUGCGGAAAUGAAAAACUUAUUAAGCUACGGCUUUUUAUUAGUCAUUGCUAUUCUCAAGAGAUCGGAUAGUGAAACUAAUUCAUCUACGGUUGACAAUGAAAAAAGCUACUGGAACAAAAAUACGCAACAUACUGUCUGGGUACGGUAUAACCCGUACUUGAGAGCUCGUACACAAACAAAAGCAGAAGAACUGUGGGAGAAAUAUUCAAAUAUGAAAAUAAGAGUUGGAGUUUGCGAGCAAACGGUUAAGCAUAUCGAGUUUCAGUUAGCGCAACAGCUUCUCAGGACCGAAUGGUGCGAGAACGUGACUCGAUCUAGAGACCAUACGAUUGAGUCGCUGGAUACGUUUAUCGAUAAACUACGGUUGGAAAUUAAUAACUUAACUAAGCUAAACACUCAACUGAAAGAGAAACUGGCUGAGUAUAAAGUAAAUUUGAAAGAAUCACAAUCAUCGAGCUGUAUAGGCAAAUUAACCGAUAUUUACGAGAUAAAAGUGCCUGGCAUCGACUCAUUUCUGGUGCCCUGUGACUCGAGUUUGGCCGGCUCCGGUUGGACUGUCAUACAAAGGCGGCAGGAUGGAAGCGUUAAUUUCAACAGAAACUGGGACAAUUAUCGUCACGGAUUUGGUGAUAUGCAUGGGGAGUUUUUCAUUGGACUUGAGAAGCUGCACCUUCUUACCAAGUCGCAAACACACGAGCUAUAUAUAUACCUAGAGGACUUUGAAAAUGAACAACGUUAUGCUCGAUACAGUCGGUUUAUGAUAGGCAGCGAGGAAACUGGUUUUAAAUUAAUCUCGCUCGGUUCAUAUUCUGGAGACGCUGGCGAUGCAAUGAAAUGGCAAAGAAACAUGAAGUUCACAACUUUUGAUUCGGAUAAUGACAACAACAUGAAAAAUUGCGCUUCAAAAUGGGAAUCUGGCUGGUGGUUUGACGACUGUUAUGUUACUAAUCUAAAUGGACUAUUCACUACAAACGCAGUUCAUUUAUCUCAACCUGGAAUUAAGUGGAAUACAUGGCAUUAUAAAUCUCUGAAAUUUGUUCAAAUGAUGAUAAGACCAAAAAUGAAUUGAUAAGGUUGGCAACAAUUAUUGUUCUAAAAUAUAGAUAUGUACUAUGUAUUAAGAAAA